GUUCUUUGAUCACCCUGUGCUUUGCACACUUUUCGGCGUUUAUAGAACUAGUUUACUUCGAAGUGAAUUUUAUUAAACGCGCUUUUACAAUAAUCCUUUGUCAUAAAAAAGAUUUGCAUAAAGCUAUUAUAAAUUAAAUAAUACAAUGGCUGAUGAUACAAAUGAAGACAGCUGGUUGUAUGGCACAUCGAAUCCUGAUUCAACAACAAAUGAAGAUAAUGAAGCUACUGCUGGCAUAGAUGAGGAGGCGCCGCUAUUGUCUCAGAAGUCUGAAAAUGAAGCGACUGCCUUGAUAGGAAGAGGUGACGCGUUUGCACCAAAAGAGUGUGAAUCGCGCGAUGAGGAAGAACCGUUUGGUGAGUUUGAAGAUCCAGCUCAAGAAAUGGAAGAGGAUGAAGAAGCCGCGGCUGCUGCUGCUAGCACUGCAGCAGAUACUACUGACGCAGGGGAAGAAAAUGGCAAUCAAAUGCAGCAGGCAAAAGUUACAGAAGAUGGCGAGGGGAACUUAGAUGAUGAAGAUGACUCGGAUGAUGAUAUCAAUGUUGUAAUUGGUGAUAUAAAGCCUGCACCUAGUACAUAUAAUAUUAAACAACGCGCAAAUUUAUUGGCUGGUCCUCCUGGAUCUGGCCAAGAAAAAUCAAAGUCUGUUGCACCAGGUGGUAAAUUUAGUGUUGAAGAUUUCGAAGUUGUCGGCACCAUAAAUGGUGUACCAGCACAUGAAUUUAGUAUCGAUUCCUUGGAAGAUAAACCGUGGCGUAAGCCAGGCGCUGAUAUUACUGAUUAUUUCAAUUAUGGGUUCAAUGAGGAGACAUGGCGUGCCUACUGCGAGCGUCAAAAACGAUUUCGCAUACAGGAAAGUGGUGUCGGUUUGGCUAGCUUAACCCAAAAUAUUAAUCAGUCCGCUGAACGGCAGCAUGAUGGAGCUGUAAGUGCUGGGCAAAUUAGCAACAUGGCACCUGGACUGUUAGCAAACGAUCAAAUGCAACUGCCACCUCCUGGAAUUUUACCACCGCCGCAGGGUGUACACCAUGGCCCACCGCGUAUGGGUAUGGGCAUGCCACGAGGACCUCGACCGAUUAGUACUACAAAUAGUAAGGAGAACCCUAUCCAAGUAAUGACGGCCGAAUGCCGUGAAUAUUCUCGACCAGGUUCGGUAUCACAAUUACCAACGAAUUUUGGUGCACCACCCCCCGUAGAUGAGCCAUACUUCCCAGAACCUGAAACAUUUGAUUACGGCUAUGAACCGACGCAAGAGUCACAAUGGAACAAUGAAAAUCCGGGGUGGGUUCCAUCUGGCAUAAAAGAAUUAACUCCCGGUCCUGGAAUGGUACCACCGCCAGCAACCGGAAUGUCCGGACCACCUGGUGUUCCACCGAUGGGCGUGCCGCCCCCACAAAUUGGUGGACCGCCUCCACAAAUGCGUCAACAUCCGCCCAUAAUGCCUGUUAUGCCUCCGCCAAACAUGGCUAUGGGUCCUCCACCACCUGGCAUGGGUAUGAUGAUUGGUCCUGCCGGAGGGCCACCAAUGAGAAUGCCUAUGGGACCGCCUCGCCUGAUGGGUCCACAUGGAGGUGGGCCACCAAACCCAUUACACAUGGAUCGCGAGCGCCAUGAGCGUGAGCGUGAAAGAGACCGUGACUAUGAACGGAAUGAGCGCAGAGAGCGGGAUAGAGAUCGUGAACGAGAACGUGAUCGCGAUCGAGAUCGUGAAACUGAAAGAGAGCGGGAACGAGAGAGAGAAAGGGAACGCGAAAGACCACGACGCGAACGUUCACGUAGUCGGGAAAAAACCAGGCGACGUUCCAAGUCGCGUGACCGUGAGCGCGAUAGAGAACGUGAACGCGAACGAGAACCAGAUCGUGAAAGAGAGCGAGACAGAAGUGAAAAAAUUGACGACACUGACCGUACGGCAGAUGAGGAUCGUGAACGAAGAAGGCGUGAGCGCGAUCGUGAUCGCGAACGUGAAAGAUCGCGGCGAGAGCGCUCGCGUAGUCGUGAGAAAACACGUCGGCGGUCUAAAUCUCGCGAAAAGGAACGUGAUCGAAGCGGCAAGACAGCUAGUACAUCUUCCUCAACAAGUCGUAGCGAGAAGAAAAAAUCUCAUCGCAAAGACAAGGAAGAAGAGGAGUGAAUACAAGCAUACACUAUACUAAAUGAAGUCUUUUAGAAAUUAGCAAAAUAAAUGAAAAUUAAAAACCAAAAUGCCAUUUACUGGAUGUAGUUGUGGCUGAAGAAAUUUAAAACAGUUGCUUUAAGGUUUAUAGUGUACAGUUUAAUUUUUCCAAUUAUAUUUAAGACAGAGUAAACGACAUGGACUUGGAGCAACUAACUAUUAUUCAAAAUAAAGUAUAAAUAAAAGUGUAAGUGUAA